AUGGCGCUGCGGCGCAAGGGGAGGUCCGCGGGGCGGCGGGCGGCGGUGCGGUGGUGGCUGCUGUCGCUCGCCGGGGCCGGCGCCGCCGUCACCGCCGCCGCCGCGCUGCUCGCCGUCGCGCUCCACGUCUCCGCCUCCGCCUCCGCCUCCGCGGGCGCGCCCUACCGCCUCGCCAAGCAGCCGCGGGAGGCCGAGGAGCUGCGCUGGGAGCAGGAGUUCGCGCCGCCGCAGCUCGCCUCGCCGCACUCCCGCAAGCUGGACGGCGCCACGGACGACGCCGCGCCCGACAAGCGGCUGUGGCUGCCGGCGCCCUCCCGCCGCUUCGUGCCCUGCGUCUCGCCGUCGCCGGAGUACAAACGUCCGGCGAAAUCGAGGGGGUACCUGCUCGUGCACACAAAUGGCGGGCUCAACCAGAUGCGCGCCGGGAUCAGUGAUAUGGUAGCAGUUGCACGUAUUCUCAAUGCUACACUCAUAAUUCCAGAGCUUGAUAAGAAAUCCUUUUGGCUCGACAAAAGUAACUUUUCAGAUGUCUUUGAUGAAGAGCACUUUAUACGUUCUUUGGUAAACGAUGUGAAAGUUGAGAAAAAAUUGCCAAUGGAAUUGGUGAAAGCACCAAAGUCUGUUAGACACUUCAAGAGUUGGUCUGGAGUAGAUUAUUAUCAGGACGAGAUUUCUCCACUAUGGGAGCACCGCCAGGUUAUUCGAGCUGCUAAGUCAGAUUCCCGCCUGGCAAACAACUUCCUCCCUUCUGAUAUUCAAAAGCUUCGCUGCCGGGCCUUUUUCCAGGCACUUAGAUAUGCUCCCCCAAUUGAAGCUUUAGGCAAUCUAUUGGUGGAAAGGAUGAAAUCAUUUGGACCAUAUAUUGCUUUGCAUCUACGGUAUGAGAAGGAUAUGCUCGCCUUUAGUGGGUGCACGUAUGGUCUGUCACAGACUGAAUCAGAUGAGCUCGCAUCAAUCAGAGAGAACACAACCUACUGGAAGGUGAAAGACAUUGAUCCAUUAGAGCAAAGAUCAGAUGGUCAUUGUCCCCUGACACCAAAGGAAGUUGGUAUGUUUCUUUCUGCCCUAGGAUAUCCGUCGAGCACCCCAGUUUACAUAGCCGCAGGCGAGAUAUAUGGAGGUGAAUCUCACAUGGUUGAGUUGCAAUCACGAUUCCCAAUUCUGAUGAGCAAGGAGAAACUAGCAUCAGCUGAAGAACUGCGACCAUUCAGAAAAUAUGCUUCUCAAAUGGCAGCUUUGGAUUAUAUUGUUUCGGUGGAGAGUGAUGUGUUUAUUCCGUCGUACUCUGGGAACAUGGCACGGGCUGUUGCUGGUCAUCGGCGUUUUCAUGGCCACAGGAAAACAGUAAUUCCUGACAGGAAGGCAUUAGUUCGUUUGUUUGACAAAGUUGACAGUGGAUUACUCAACGAAGGGGAUGUGCUAUCGCAAAUGAUAACAGAAAUGCACCGGAAAAGACAAGGUUCUCCUCGAAAAAGGAAAGGUCCUGUCUCAGGAACAAAAGGCAGCGAUAGGUUUAGGUCGGAGGAGGCAUUUUACGAGAACCCUCUUCCUGAUUGCUUCUGCCAAUCGAAGGAUGACUCUAGUUAGCAUCUGAUCAUAAUCCUGGCGUUGAUAGUCUUCGCCACACUGCUCACCAUUCCCAGGUAUAUAGAGCAAUGGAUGGUGCACACUGAUAAAUUUCCACAGUGUUACAGUUUCUGCUUAGAUGACAUUACGGUCCACUGAUUCGUUGGCGGAUGGCGCAGCUCUAUGAGCAGAAUAAGUUGCCAAUGUUCUGAGAAUCAAAAGAUAUGGCAGCGUGGUCAUAUUCAGAGCUGCUGUAUAGGGGUUUACACGAUGUUCUGAGUAGGACCAAUAAAGAGAAAGUAAUAGCUGAAACAUCUUUAACGCUAACAGUCACUGAGGAUAGUUUCUGCUUGGCAGCAUGAGGAGGAGACCACUGCUGUACAGGGUUUAGAUGAGCUGUAUUUGUAACCUUGGUAGUAAUUAAAUUCCUCUUGUAAGUGAGACCAAUAAAGAGAAGUAAAAUAUAGGUGAAACAUGUCAAAUUUUCGAUAGUUAUCAGCUGGCUGGGAGUGGGGUACUCCUUAACGAGUUUCGAGUUCCUUGCGUUUUGAGUGAAUGAGGAACUACAUUGCACUAA